AAUACCACCUUUGUUUUAAAAGUUACAAAAACACAACGGCACCGACCCAAACCAAACUUGCCGGAGACCUCGCCGGAGCUCGCCGGUGAUUCUCCGACCCCACCGAAACUUUCGCGAUUUCCAAGAAAGAAACACACUUUCAGACACCCAGAAUGGCGAAUUUCUCGUUCCCCAUCGCCAUUGUAUCAACUGGCAUCGCUUUCAUAUACUUUUCUACUGUCUUUGUAUUCAUCAACCGGUGGUUCGGACUCGGGUCAUCACCAGGGUUGAUGAAUGUUGUCAUAUACAGUGCUCUUGCAGUGAUGUGUGUGUAUAAUUAUGCCCUUGCUGUGUUUACUGACCCGGGUCGGGUCCCCUCGAAUUUUCAACCCGAUAUUGAGGAUUCUAGUAGCUCUGUUCAUGAGGUCAAACGCAAGGGUGGGGACUUGAGAUACUGUCAAAAGUGUUCCCAAUACAAGCCACCUCGCACCCAUCAUUGCCGCAUAUGCAGAAGAUGUGUUUUGAAAAUGGACCACCACUGCACUUGGAUAGAUAAUUGUGUGGGGCAUGCAAACUAUAAGAUCUUCUUUGUAUUUGUUACGUACGCUGUGAUCGCAUGUAUUUACUCCCUGAUUCUGCUUCUGGGUAGUUUAACCGUAGUGCCUCACAAUAAUGAGCAGAAACUUGAAGGAUAUCUCCAAUUUGUUUAUGUUACUUCUUUUAUUCUAUUAGUCGCGAUAAGUGUUGCAUUAAGCUAUCUUUGGAGUUGGCAUGUCCAGCUUAUCCUACGUAACCAGACAACCAUUGAGCAACUUGAAGGGGUGAGAGCUUUGUGGCUUGCAGACAAGGGAGGAGAUGUGUAUAUACAUCCAUAUAAUAUUGGUUCUUAUGAAAAUCUAAUAUCAGUACUUGGUCCAAACGUUUUCUGUUGGUUAUGUCCAACAACUGGUCAUGUGGGUUCUGGUCUUCAUUUCCACACAUCGUAUGAUAAAGCAACUAGCGCUUGAAUGUUGCUUAAUCUUAGAAGUAAGAUAUUAGCUUCAACCUGAGAGCGCGAUAGAUUUUACCAUACAACCAUGUUAGAAUUUUGGUUUUAGUUUGUUGUCUUUCUAUCUUUCUUACAUAGUAGUGGUCUAUCAUAGCUGAAGUUCGUAAAUGUCAAAAAGGUUUGGUUUUUAGAUUGUGGUUUAUGUAGAGGUUUCACAGUUGCUGUGCUUGCUGAUCAUGUACAGAGAGAACCAGAAGCCCUGCUGAUGCAAUUCAGAAUCUGGUGGGAACAAACGAAAAACAGCUAGCACAAAUGAGCAUAAUUAACAUGUAAACUUUUUAAACUUUGUAAUCCUGUAAAAUUGACCAUGUUGUAGUUUAUGUUCAUGUCUUUUUUUUUCCCC